AUGGAUAAUUACGAAAAUUUGCCGUGUUCAAUCCACAUACCAGGGCAGAAGACAGGUAUAUUGAUUUGGCAUUUUCAAACAGACCACAGAAUAAAUUACAGUUGAAUCGCAGCAAAAUCAUCAUUUACCGAGAGUCGUCGAAGAUUUGCCUCCACAAAAACCAGCAGGAGAAGCAGCAUUUACUGCAAAAAAGAAGUCGUGUCUCACGUCGGCGAACUUGAGAAAAGAAACUCCGGUGCACCCAGCUCUCCGUCGGAAAACCGUCGCAUUCGGUCGCACUGUCAACGUGUCACAGACUGUUGAGGUAUACAUUUCUGUGUUCUUCCACGUCGAAAUUAGUAUUCAGGGUACUUCCCGACUAGCAAGAAAAACGUCGGCUUCCUCGUCCGCAACGUCUUCUCCUGCUCAAAAAAUGAACGAGAAUGCGAGUGCAGAAGGUCAAGAAUGGAGAAAAGUGAUGGAAGAAGCAAUAGAAACGAAGGCGAAAGUGGUGCAAGAAGAGACAAUUCGACGGCUGGAAGAGCUGAACAACAAGAAUAUGAGCACGAUGCAGGACAUGAUGUCGCAGAUUAUGCAGAGUGAGCCACGGUUUCAGGGGGAAUUUUUAAUUCUUGCUUUCAGAACUGACAGUUGCACAGCCGGCCAUCGAAGGGAAAGCGAAGCGACAGGAAAGAUUGUCGAAGCCUCCGAGCAAAGUGAAUUUCAUAUAAUUUAGUGAAAACUAUCCGCCCUUUAAUUUUCAGGCUGCGAUUGCCCGCCAAAAGAUCAAGAAGGAAGGCGUCUUGCCCCCAGAAGCAAUUCCGUUCCUUGAGCGACGCAUUCAAACGGAUCCGAUUUUCAGACAACAAAUUGACGACGUUCUUGCCGACGUAAGACUUUGAAAUAAUUCAAAAAAUGACGGGUCACUUGCAGGCAGAAUACGACGAGAACGGUGGAAGGUAUUCGCCAAUCUCUGAUGGAUACACGAGAGCAAAUGGAGGGAAACAGCCGACAUUACGUGAAACAGUGACUGUCGAACGGAGUAUCCAGUACCCGAACGGACUGUCCUCCAUCGAUUCCAGACAAUGGACUAAAGAACGGGACAACAGAAGUGUCUCGUGGAAAGGAGGUUUUGACGACGUUGAGGAGGUUUCCGGGGAGGGCCGAUGGAGGACUUAUGACGCCGGGCCGUUGCACUCGACUUAUCAGCCAGGAAACAGCCUCAGUUACUAUCCGUCGGCGGCACCGAUGGAAAAUGCGAACAACAGAGGACGAGACGGAUACUACGUGGAACACUUGUCGGAUCAGGAAGACGAUGUUUACGAGGAAGAAUAUCAGGAUCGACGGAAAGAGACGGCAGCUGAAAGAGAACGGCGAAUCCGGGAGAAGUACGCACGCAAAAAGUGA